AUUGAGUUAUUUUGUGCAGGCACAAGUCGGAUGGAAGGGAAAAAAAGUGGGAUGGAAAGAGUAGCGAGAUUGGAACCUUUAAAACGAUGAGGUUCCAGUCUCUGUGAGCGGGAAUGGCCCCGGGCGACAUGGUGCCGGAGCACGCCAGGCAGCUCAAACCCCGGGAGAAGCCGCUGCCACAGCCCCGGCCCUCGGAGUGCGACAGUGAGGUGGACGGCACCUUCGUUUUCGAGGCGCACGAGGCCUGGAAGGAGUUCCAUAAUUCCCUGCGGCAGUUCUACGAGGCGGGCGAGCUCUGUGACGUCACGCUUAAGGUGGGCAGCAAGCUGAUACCAUGCCACAAGCUCGUGCUGGCAUGCGUCAUCCCCUACUUCAGGGCCAUGUUCCUGUCGGAGAUGUCUGAGGCCAAGCAGGAGCUGAUCGAAAUCCGCGACUUCGACGGGGACGCCAUCCAGGACCUGGUGACCUUUGCCUACUCCUCGCGCCUGACGCUGACGGUGGACAACGUGCAGCCUCUGCUGUACGCGGCUUGCAUCCUGCAGGUGGAGCUGGUGGCCCGGGCCUGCUGCGAGUACAUGAAGGCCCACUUCCACCCGUCCAACUGCCUGGCGGUGCGCACCUUCGCCGAGAGCCACAACCGCGUGGACCUGAUGGACAUGGCCGACCGCUACGCCUGCGAGCACUUCCGCGAGGUGGUGGAGUGCGAGGACUUCCCCUGCGUGUCGCCGCAGCACCUGUGCACCCUGCUGUCGUCCAGCGACCUCAACAUCCUGUCCGAGACGCAGGUGUACAGCGCCGCCGUCAAGUGGCUGAAGGCCAACCCGCAGCACCACGCGGCCUGGCUGGACCGCAUCAUGUGCCAGGUGCGUCUCCCCCUGCUGCCCGUGGACUUCCUCACGGGGACGGUGGCCAAAGAAGAGAUGAUCAAGGGCAACCUGAGCUGCCGUGACCUGCUGGACGAGGCCAGGAACUACCACCUGCACCUCAGCAACAAGGUGGUCCCAGACUUUGAGUAUUCCAUCCGCACCACGCACAGGAAGUACACGGCAGGCGUGCUGUUCUGCGUGGGCGGGCGUGGCGGGUCCGGGGACCCGUUCCGCAGCAUCGAGUGUUACUCCAUCAGCAAGAACAGCUGGUUCUUCGGGCCCGAGAUGAACAGCCGCCGCAGGCACGUGGGAGUCAUCUCUGUGGGAGGGAAAGUUUAUGCAGUUGGAGGACACGAUGGAAGUGAACACUUGGGAAACAUGGAAAUGUUUGACCCUCUAACUAAUAAAUGGAUGAUGAAGGCAUCCAUGAACACCAAAAGGAGGGGGAUUGCCCUGGCUGCGCUCGGAGGCCCUAUAUACGCUAUCGGGGGACUGGACGAUAACUCCUGCUUCAACGACGUGGAGCGCUAUGACAUUGAGUCGGACCGCUGGAGUGCUGUGGCCCCCAUGAACACGCCCCGUGGGGGGGUCGGCUCCGUGGCCCUGGGGAGCCAUGUGUACGCUGUGGGGGGUAACGAUGGCAUAGCGUCGCUCUCCAGCGUGGAGAGGUUCGACCCCCACCUCAACAAGUGGACGGAGGUGAAGGAGAUGGGGCAGCGGCGGGCCGGGAACGGCGUCAGCGAGCUCAACGGCUGCCUCUACGUCGUGGGGGGCUUCGAUGACAACUCUCCGCUGAGCUCCGUGGAGCGCUUUGACCCCCGCUCACACCGCUGGGAGUACGUGGCGGAGUUGACCACGCCCAGAGGGGGCGUGGGUGUGGCCACUGUCAUGGGCCGCGUCUUUGCCGUGGGCGGGCACAACGGUAACAUCUACCUAAACACGGUGGAGGCCUUCGACCCACGCAUGAACAGGUGGGAGCUGGUGGGGUCGGUGUCUCACUGCCGGGCCGGUGCCGGGGUGGCCGUCUGCGCCUCCCACAUCAGCCAGAUCAGGGACGUGGGCCAGGGCUCCAGCAACGUGGUGGACUGCAUGUGACCCGCGGGGCAAGCCUGCUGUGACAUCACAGUACGAGACGCCAUGUUGGUGCUCGUGCACACACACACACAGACUCGCUCACUCAGAUACACCCACACACACACACACAUCCACGCACAUGCACUCACCUACACACACACACACUAGCGCAUGCGCACACACACUCACUCAUCCACUCACAUACACACACAUGCACGCACGCACAUGGGGCCAAGUUGCACACAUUAAAGGCGUUAACUUUCAACUCGCUCCUGAGCAGGAAGGCUUUAUCUGAAGUGCUUCUUGCAGUCAAAUGUGCCCUACUUCUGUCUGUUGGGACAAUGCUUGACGGGAGAAUUCAGAAAAUGUACCGGCAGUGUAUUUUUCACAUUCCCGCUCCACGUCUACUCUUGAUGAUUGUUCGUUGUUGUGAACCAGUUGAUGUUGUGGCCUGUAUGCCGCUUUUAAGAAGCAUUUAAUUCAAAAGCCACUGUGGGGAUGGGAGUCUUUGUUAAUGGCAGAGCUUAAGGAGGUUCUGUUCUUCACUUCUGACCCAAAGCAAUUAGGCAGAUUUUAAUAGCUGUACUAGCCCACUGCUGCAUAGUCCCUCUUGCCCACAGCUUUUCAGAAGAUAGUUUUAAAGGCAUAUUUCACUUCGGUAAAACACUAGUAAUUUUGUGGAUUUGGGAACCGGAAAACCAAGAGGAACGGUGCUGCUGUCAACGUCAUCAGGGACAUCUGAUGUUGCUAGUAUUCAUACUAUGCAAAUACAACGGGGUAAGCUCAGCAAAAUGACUUGUGUUACACCAAAGUGAAAUGUCCCUUUAAGGUGGUUAAGGCCUAAUGCAGGGCUGCUGAACCCUGUUCCUAGAGAUCCGUUGUCCUGUAUGUUUUCACUUUAAACCUAACAAAGCACACCUCGUUCAGCAGCUAGCGAUCUUGUCUUGCUGCUAUUUCGUAGAAUCAGGUGUGCAAAAUUAGGGUUGAAAUAAAAAACCUCAGGAUGGUUGGAAUGCAGGAACAAAGUUGGACAGCGGGUCUAAGACAGCUCCUAGAACCUUCUGAACUCUUGAGCCUCAGUUCUGAACUCGAUAAAGGCAGAGGUUCAUUCAUCUCAGAUUACUGCGAUGUUCUUAUUGAUCAUCUUCUGUAAGACGCGAAAACGCCAUUAGAAAAGUUCUUUGGUUAAUAGUCUAGCCAAUCCUAAUUAAGCUCUCAUCUGUCUGGAUAGCAGUAGGCCCAGUGAAACAGUCGAUCUUUUAAAAGAACAUGUUGACUCGUGUCAGUGUGUUCUUGCGAGCGAACAAUCAUUCCCAAACCUUGGGUAGCCACGAGACAGGUAAGACUGGGGACCUACAUGAAAUGUGUACCAGACAGUGUUUGCGCUUUUAGUUGUGCUAAAGCAUGAACUGUUUUUCUGCCAAAACCCUACACUGAGACUGCAGGGAAAAAAUGGUUCAUUAGAGAUUUGUAGAGUUUUCUAUAAGUAAUACAAUAUACUGUAUGUGUAAAGUGAUAUUCUUUACAUUUCGUUGAAUAUAUAUAUAUAUAUAGUUUACAUUUAUAUAAUAGAUAAUUGUGCACUAUUUUCUUAGAGUCAAGGUUGAAGUAUAUUUUUGUCUUUUUUGGGGAUAAAAUGUUUGAAGUGAAGUUGAUAUGGAUUAUCGAUGUGUUGAUAGUGUCUACACUUUAAUAGCUCAUUUGAAACUUCACUAGCUGCUUUUUUAUCCAUUGGCCAUCACUGGUGCAUGUGCUGGGGUCUAGUUAUUGGUUAUGAAUGCAAAUAUCUGAAGAAUUAGGAUAUUAUGUUAUUGUAUAUUUAUAAGUUGAACUUGGUUUUGUAUAUAGGCUGAAAGAGAAUGGGGAUUGCACAGGAUAGAAGGUGUAUCACUUAUAUUUGCAUAACCAAAACAUAUUUUUGUACCCAUGUGUCCUUAAGGGAGACAUCCAAUCACUCCAUUUUGUACUGUACCUAUUUGUUUAAUUAACAAUAUUUUAAUGUAAUGCUGUUGCAGGUGAUUGUGAUUGUCAGGUAUAUUUUGUGUAUUUGUAUAGUGAUGGAUAUUCUUGACUUUUUAGAAAAUUGCACUGUUUUGUGCCAGGCUGUGCAUGACAGCACACAUGUACAUGUAUAAUAUUGAUGCACUGUUCUGUCACAACAAGGAGAUUGCUACUUGAGAAUAGGACAUUUCCUGAAAUGGCCAUGUGUGUGUAUUUAUUGAGGGGUUGGCAGUUGUACUUCACUGGCAAAGCAUUACCAAUCACCAUCCAUCUUGCCCUUUCUCUGACCUGUGGGUAGUACUCAGAAGGAUUUGAAGAGGAUCUAACACCAUAAUUCCUUGGCUGAAUUAUUUUUUGAAAUGUCUGGAUCUCCCUGGCUCCAAGAAAUACUGUAAUAGCAUAAUUAUCAUUUUUUGUGUUCUCCUGACAGUAAAGGUGACUUACUCAGUAGUCUAAUGUGUGCUGUUGGUGUUUCUGAAAUGGACAUAAGCACUACUCAGUCCACUUCCACUGGUUUCAGUUUUUCCAUAUAUAAGCCAUGUAAACUAUGUGUUGUCGCAGUUACAGUGGACAUUAGGUGUACUGCAUCUUUUCAUAUUCAGCGGUAUAUUGAAAUAAGGAUAUGAAAGAAAAAGGUGUCAGAAGGCUUUAACAUUGUGGUUGUCUUGUAAAACAGUUCCCAGGGACUUUCACAAAAAAGCUUUUUUAAUUUUUUUGUGAAAAAAUAUAUGCCUUGUCAUUUCUUUCCCUUUUUACUGACAGACUGUUGCUUAAAUCAUGGGUAUAGUUUGUAUUGUUAAAAAAUAAAAUUCUCAAUGUACAAUUUA